UUUAAGUUUACAUAUAUUAACACAUUUCAUUUCCAUUUUCUGUUCUUUUUUUCCUCUUUUUUUAACUGUAGAUAUUACAGCAACAAAUGAAUGAAUACAAGUAUCAUUAUUUGUUUACAAGCUUCGAUUUGGAAACUUAUGAUCUGGAAGACUUUAAAUAUAAUUUCGUGAACAUUACAUCGUUUCGAUUGGUCGACACUGCGGAUGUUGGAGUAAAGCAAAUCUUGAAGGAUAUCGGAUUGUAUAGUCACCAUAUAUUUAAAAAACCUUAUUUGAAUCUGCACUUUACAAAAUCAACCGUUCUUGAGUCAGAGCCAGCCCUAAUGUUCGAUUCGGUGUACGUUUUCGCGAUUGGAUUACAGACACUGGAACAAUCACACUCUUUAACCCUUUCAAAUAUAAGCUGCGAAGAGGAAAACUCGUGGGACGGGGGUCUUAGUCUUAUUAACUACUUAAAUGCGGUGAGUUCGACUACAAAACAAGAAAUAACAUUUUAUUAAAAAUAGCGAAAUUACAUUUUUAAGUUUGGGGUUUGUUUCAGUAUGAUAUAUGUAUACGUAUAUCAAAAAAUUGUGCUCUACGAUGAAAAAAGUUUACUUUACUCUAAAAAUGCCUUGCAUUACAUUAUGUGACGUUUAGUAAUCCCAAUAACAAAAUCAAAUUAACUUCCGAAUAUAUAGAGGACACAACAUUGAAAAAUUACCGCAGAAAGUUAAUGUUUUAUAACCAAAGAUUUUUUUAAAUAAUAAUUGAAAUUUAAUUUAAAUAAAAUAAAAUUUUAAAAAGCGGCCGAAGAUCAAAAAGUUCGUUCGUCUGCAUUUC